AUGAGAAGUCGUAGUAAUUCAGGAGUCAAACUCGACAAUUAUGCACGAAUGGUCCAACAAACAAUCCUGUGUCACCAGGAUCCGGUGACAGGCUUAAUUUCAGAAAGCGGUGAUGUCCCUCAUGCCUGGGUCCGAGACAACGUGUACAGCAUCCUGUCUGUGUGGGGUCUGAGUCUAGCAUACAGGAAGAAUGCUGACCGCGAUGAGGACAAGGCCAAAGCAUACGAGCUGGAGCAGAAUGUGGUUAAGCUCAUGCGAGGAUUGCUGCAGUGUAUGAUGAGGCAGCUGGACAAAGUGGAAAAAUUCAAAUACAGUAAGAGCACCACAGACUGUCUGCAUGCCAAAUACCACACGGGAAGCUGCGCUACUGUGGUUGGUGACGAUGAGUGGGGUCAUCUACAGGUGGACGCUACGUCCAUCUUCCUUCUCUUCCUUGCUGAAAUGACGGCUUCAGGGCUGCACAUUGUGUACACUCUUGACGAGGUGGACGUUGUCCAAAAUCUUAUGUUCUACAUUGAAUCAGCGUACAAAGUAGCGGAUUUUGGAAUGUGGGAACGAGGAGACAAGACAAAUCAGGGCAUCCCUGAAAUCAACGUCAGCUCUAUUGGAAUGGCAAAGGCAGCUCUGGAAGCGUUGGAUGGACUGAACCUCUUUGGUGCCAAAGGUGGCCCAGAGUCUGUAGUUCAUGCUUUAGCUGAUGACAUUCAGCGUUGCCAAUCUAUCCUCAGCUCCAUGCUGCCCAGGGCCUCCACAUCCAAAGAGGUGGAUGCUGGAACCCUGUCUGUCAUCUCCUACCCAGCUUUUGCAGUCGAGCACAUUGACAUUGUUAACAUUACUAAGGAGGAGAUCAUCUCAAAACUGCAGGGCAGAUAUGGAUGCUGCCGUUUUCUCAGAGAUGGCCACAAAACUCCCAAAGAGGACCCCAAUCGUUUAUACUACGAGUCCUCAGAGCUGAUGCUUUUUGAAAACAUUGAGUGUGAAUGGCCAUUGUUCUGGACGUAUCUCAUCUUGGACGGAAUUUUCAUCAAAAGUCCUGAACAGGUACAAGAAUACAGAGAUGCUUUAGAUUCCAUUCUGAUUAAAGGUAAAGAUGGACUGCGUCUCAUUCCUGAGCUUUACAGUGUACCUCCAGAUAAGGUGGAUGAAGAAUAUAACAAUCCCCACACUGUGGAACGAGUGCCAUUAGGCAAGUGCCCAAUGAAGUGGGGCCAGUCUCUGUACUUAUUGGGUAACUUGUUGGCAGAGGGAUUUUUAGCCCCUGGAGAGGUCGAUCCACUCAAUAGACACCUCUCUACUACGCCUAAGCCUGAUGUUGUGGUUCAGGUGUCUAUCUUGGCAGAGACAGAUGAAAUCAAACAGCUCCUGCACAAGCAUGGCAUCUCUUCUGAAACCCUGGAAGACAUCCAUCCCAUCAGAGUCCAGCCUUCUAGAAUUCUUAGUCACAUCUAUGCCAGACUUGGACGUAAUCAGCGACUAGGAUUGACUGGGAGGCCAUAUCGCCACAUUGGUGUGCUGGGGACGUCCAAGUUCUACUUCAUACGGAACACCAUCUUUUCUUUUACCCCUCAAUUCAUAGAUCCCCAGCAUUUUUACCUGGCUCUGGAUAAUAAGAUGAUUGUAGAGAUGCUUCGUAUCGACAUCUCCUACCUGUGCUCGCGCUGGAGAAUGACCGGCAGACCUACUGUCACUUUCCCAAUCUCACAGAGCAUGCUGACUGAUGACCACAAAGACAUUGACCCUGCCAUACUGGCUGCCCUGAAAAAGUUACAAGACGGCUACUACGCAGGAGCAAGGGUGAAGACUGGGAAGCUGGCAUCAUUUCUGGAUACAUCCUGCUGUGCUCACCUUACGUUCAUGGACUGUGAGGUAGAUUACCUGGCAGAGUAUCUGGACCAGCUGUUUGCCGUUCCCCAGCAGACUUCCGUCCGUGCCAUUAAAGGAGGCCUGAAUCGCUUCAGGGCUGUUGCCAAAAAGACUCGGGAGAUGGUAUCUCUGGUGAACAAAGCCAGAGUGCUGGACAUACAUAAUGUGCACAUGUAUCUCCCCAUUAAACUGUUUCGCGAACCACCACCAGUCCUCCAUUUCGAUGAAAGCCAGAUUCUUCAGAACGGAGUUUCCACUUCACUAAACCUGCCCAGAAAUGUGGAUGGAGGGAUUGACUAUCCAGCGCUGGUACAGAUGUUGAAAAAAUGCCGAAGCCUGCAAGAUCAGGCCGACAUCCUCUACAUCUUUUAUAACGACAAAGGCAUGGAGUGGGACACCAGACUGCAUGGGAAAGGCUGGAAGGUGAAAAGACUUCUAAGUGAGCUGUAUGAGAAGGCAGGAAGGCUGAAGCACUGGGGUCUCAUUCGGAUGGUGUGUGGUAUGCUCCACAGGAAAGUGGAAGAACUGGAUGAGGCUUGUACAGACCUCCUGGCUCAUCAGAAGCACCUGACAGUUGGUCUUCCUCCAGAACCACGAGAGAAAACUAUUUCAGCCCCGCUUCCUCCAGACAAGCUUGCCAGGCUUAUUGAUGAGGCUAGUGAAACCAACCUCACCAUUGCUAUCCUCACUCAGGAGAUAAUGGUCUUCCUGGCCAUGAGCAUGCGCACCCAGCCAAAACUUUUUAGUGAAAUGUUCCGCAUCCGCAUCGGACUCAUUAUCCAGGUCAUGGUCACUGAAUUGGCACAGUCCCUUAAAUGCUCUGGUGAAGAGGCCACAGAGAGUCUAAUGAACCUGAGCCCAUCUGAAUUCAACAACCUUCUCCUCCACAUCCUCAGCGGCAAGGAGUUCAGAGUACAGAGCAGUGUGCGCUCAGCUGGAAAUGUCGUAACUCCAGUUAUCUCCAUACACGACAAGAUCAAAUCUGGUUCUGCUAAAGAUCAGAUAACAAGUGUCAGUAAGCCAAAGCAUCACAUCAAGCUGCCCUUAUCAGUGCAUUCCUUGGAUCUUGAUAAUAUUGAGUCAGGGAGGUACAGACUACCAAGCAUUGAGCCAUUUCAAAGUUCAGCAGGAGUUACAAUGGUCCGUGACAGCAGACAAGGACAGUGGCUUCGCCGUAGACGUCUGGAUGGAGCUCUCAACAAAGUGCCUGUUGGUUUCUACCAAAAAGUCUGGAAGCUUUUGCAGAAGUGUCAUGGACUCUCCAUUGAGGGCUGUGUCCUUCCAUCAUCCACUACAAAAGAGAUGACUCCAGGUGAGAUAAAGUUUGCGGUGCAUGUGGAGACAGUUCUGAACCGUGUUCCACAGCCAGAGUACAGGCAGCUGCUAGUAGAGGCCAUUUUGGUGCUGACCAUGCUUGCUGAGGUGGACAUUCAGAGUGCUGGAGGAAUCAUUCAAGUGGACAAGAUUGUACAAAUGGCCAGCAACAUGUUCUACAAAGACCAGAAGGACCUAGGAGCAGAUGACAGUCUUCUGGAGAAAGAUCAGUCCAACGGCAUCUGCAGGUUACUUUACGACUGUGCACCCAGCGGCCGUUUUGGGAGCAUGACCUACCUGUCUAAAGCUGUAGCCACUUAUGUUGAAGAUUUCUUACCAAGUGGGGCCUGUGCUCUUCAGUGAAGUACAAAGUUUAAGAAGAAUUAUUCUGUUUAUGCUUGCAAAAGCAAGGGGCUGAGACUGCAGGAACAAAAUAUCACAUAAUAAAGUUGCUGAAUAAUGAAACUGUCAGAUAAAUUCAUGGAUCUACAGUCUAAAGGUGAGGCAAUGUAGUUCUUAAAUACAGAUGCUUGGAAAAUUUUGA